CGCGACUCACCGGAGUCGAUCGACAGGCGCGCUGCAAGAACACGCAGCAGCAGCAGUUACAGCACAUGCUUUCGGUUGCAGGUGCACUGGUUCCAGCAGCAGCACGAGAAGAAGCGCAAGAAGCGCGACUUCGAAAGCGUGCCCUACUCGUUCGUUGGCUUCCCGCCGUUCUUCGACUUCCGGACGCGUUCGCGUCACAUCGGCACGACCCAGCAGCCGCCGAGAAUCCGCACGAGCUUGCCGUUCCAGAACCUAUUCACGGACCCGCUCUUCAAGGAACAGUGGUACCUGAACGGUGGCGCCAAGGAUGGCUACGACAUGAAUCUCGCUCCAGCCUGGCAAAAGGGCUACACUGGCAAGGGUGUCGUCGUCUCCAUCUUGGACGACGGCAUCCAGACCAACCAUCCCGACCUGGCGCUGAACUACGAUCACGAGGCUAGCACCGACAUCAACGACAACGACGACGACCCGAUGCCGCGGGACAACGGCGACAACAAGCACGGCACUCGAUGUGCCGGCGAAGUCGCCGCCGUCGCCUUCAACCAAUACUGCGGUGUCGGCGUCGCCUACAACGCCAGUAUCGGAGGCGUGCGAAUGCUCGAUGGCCCGGUAAACGACGCCGUCGAAGCCAGAGCGCUGGGAUUGAAUCCUGAACACAUCGACAUAUACAGCGCCUCCUGGGGUCCCGAGGACGACGGCAAGACUGUCGACGGGCCGGGCCCUCUCGCCAGGAGGGCGUUUAUUUACGGAGUGACGAGCGGUCGCAAGAGCAAGGGCUCGAUCUUUGUAUGGGCGUCGGGCAAUGGCGGCAGGCACACCGACUCCUGCAACUGCGACGGCUACACGAACAGCAUCUUCACGCUGUCGAUCUCGAGCGCGACCCAAGGCGGCUACAAGCCAUGGUACCUCGAAGAGUGCAGCUCCACUUUGGCGUCCACGUAUUCGUCCGGCACCCCAGGCAACGACAAAAGCGUCGCCACGGUGGACAUGGACGCCAAGCUGCGGCCCGAUCACAUCUGCACGGUGGAACACACCGGGACGUCGGCGUCGGCACCGCUCGCCGCCGGCAUCGCCGCCCUCGCGCUUGAAGCGAACCCCAACCUGACGUGGCGAGACAUGCAAUACCUGGUGGUGCUCACCUCGCGCUCCGAGCCGUUGAGCAACGAGUCGGGCUGGAUACUUAAUGGAGUAAAGAGAAAGAUCUCCCACAAGUUCGGCUACGGUCUGAUGGACGCGGGCGCUAUGGUCACUCUGGCCGAGCAGUGGACCAACGUGCCGCCUCAGCACAUCUGCAAGUCCGACGAGAUCAACGAGGAAAGGGCGAUCGAUCCCACGUACGGUUACACCUUGAGCGUGUACAUGGAUGUCAGUGGCUGCGCCGGGUCCUUGAACGAGGUUCGGUUUCUCGAACAUGUGCAGUGCAAGGUCUCCCUGCGAUUCUUCCCUCGAGGCAACCUGAGGCUGCUGCUGACCUCGCCGAUGGGCACGACGUCGACCUUGCUGUUCGAACGGCCGCGCGACGUCCUCAGCUCCAACUUCGACGACUGGCCCUUCCUCAGCGUGCACUUCUGGGGCGAGAAGGCGGACGGUCGAUGGACCCUGCAGAUCAUUAACGCCGGAAAUCGGCACGUCAAUUCACCAGGUAUCCUGAAGAAGUGGCAGCUGAUCUUCUACGGCACGGCGACGAACCCGAUCCGGUUGCGCAACCGGCACUUUAACCCGGUACAUUCCGCAUACGCCACCGCGCGUUAUCCGUUCACAGUAGACGUACCGACGGUACAGCUGGACUAUCCGGACAACAGCGACUUCUUUUCUACGUCUACCUUUCAGAGCUACCAGGGCCCGUACGCCGGCGCCGCGUCGAACGUACAAGCAUCCGUGGCCACUUUGGACGGCUCGUCGGCGCCGUUACUGACGAAUCGACUGCCCGGCGACGUCUCAUCGGCGUCCGCCUAUGACUCGCCCUUGGGGGCGUCGUCUGCGCAAGUGGACGGCUCCUUGGAUACCACCAGGAGGAUACUGCACGGCUGCGACCCCCAGUGCGACUCGCAGGGUUGCUACGGCAAGGGCCCGACGCAGUGCGUCGCCUGUAAAAAUUAUCGCCUCGAUAACACAUGCGUCAGUCGCUGCCCGCCGAGGAGCUUCCCGAAUCAGGGUGGCGUCUGCUGGCCGUGCCACGAGUCCUGCGAGGUGUGCGCCGGUGCUGGUCAGGACUCCUGUCUGUCGUGCGCUCCCGCUCACCUUCGAGUCACCGACCUGGCAGUUUGUCUUCAGCAAUGUCCGGAGGACUAUUACGAAAAUACCGAGAACAGCACGUGCGUGCCCUGCGAAGCGAACUGCGCCAGCUGCCAGGACAGACCAGACAAGUGCACUAGCUGCGAACAUCACUUGGUGAUGCACGAGAACAAGUGUUACGCCGCGUGUCCUCCUUAUACGUACGAGACGCAGGACUACAAUUGCGCGUCAUGCCAUUCCACCUGCGAGACCUGCAACGGCACGGCGGAGAAUCAGUGCAUCGUGUGCCGAUCUGGGUUGUUCGCUCUGAACAGCACAUGUCAGACGUCGUGCCCAGCCGGCUACACCGCCGACAAGAAGCGACGGGAGUGCGUGGCGUGUCCGCCCGGUUGCGCGACCUGCGCCACACUGAGCUGCACGAGCUGCAUUGAGGGUUGGAGUCUGAACAAGAAGGGUCUGUGCGCGCCUGAGAACCGUAGCAACUGCGACUCCAACCAGUAUUACGAGGAUGGUCAAUGCAAGCUUUGCCACUCGUCCUGCGAGACCUGCGCCGGCUCCACGGAGGAUCACUGCAUAUCUUGCCCGAAUCCGACGCUCCUCCAGAGUAAACGUUGCGUGUCCCAAUGCGACGACGGUUAUUACUCGGUGGCGCAACCGUCGCGGCCAAUUUGUGUCCCGUGCUUACACACUUGCAAGAGCUGCGUCUCCCGUCUGAACUGCACUGCUUGCCAGGACGGGCUGCAACUGCAGAGCGGAGAAUGCAGAUCGUCCUGCGCGCAAGGUUAUUACAGCGACAGAGGCCAAUGCGCAAAAUGUUACUUGUCAUGUAAAACGUGUUCGGGACCACGGCGGGAUCAGUGUGUCACUUGUCCGAGCGGGUGGCAACUAGCAGCCGGCGAGUGUCAUCCGGAAUGCCCGGAAGGGUUCUUCAAAUCCAAUUACGGCUGUCAGAAAUGUCACCACUAUUGCCGCACGUGUAAAGGCGAAGGUCCGCUAGAAUGCACCUCCUGCCCGCCGCACUCGAUGCUAGAAGGUGGUCUGUGCAUGGAGUGUCUGGGCGCACAGUACUACGAUUCCCUAACUCAGCUCUGCAAAAGCUGCCAUUCUGACUGCCGAAGAUGCACCGGCCCCGGCAAGUUCAGCUGCUCCGCGUGCUCGUUGCCGUUGCAUCUGGAUAAAUUAAACAAUCAGUGCGUGCCGUGCUGUACAGGCAGCGAGAAAGGGCCCCAGGCCGAAGAGUGUUGCCUCUGCGACCUGGAAACCGGCGGCUGUACAAACAGUUCGCCGGCUGGCAAGAGAAGGGUACCCGGGACAGAGUUCCUGGACAACUCUGCUGUCCCUGAAGCGUACGAGAACGGCAGAACAAGCAGUAACAAUGAUUCAGCUACAUUGGCUGUGACAGCGGCCACAACCAUGGCGGUUGCCAUCUGCCUCGCAUCGGUCGCGUUGUUUGCGUCGAUAUUCAUUGCUUUACAGGCCUGGUCUCGUAGAAGGGAGGCUAACCUGGGAUACACGCAGCUCGCCGUGAGAGUAGAGCCGCCCGACGACGCGGACGUGGACGACACGACGGAGCUGAUGACCUAAACCUCUCAACAGGGACGUAGCCAAUGACAGGACCUCUCCUCUCGUCAAGGAGUCGCAUGGAGAUCGACGAGUCUCGAUUGUGAUUGGUUCGCGAGUCAGAAGUUACGUGCUUUCGCGCCAGCGAAGUUCGGGGGGAGCCGCGCAGGAGAUAAUGGAUCGCGACGGGAUAUAUAAGAUUCGUCGCGUGACGAUGAGGGAAAAACAAUGAGAAGAAGACGCUGGUGAACACGCACAGAGGAAGGGAGGAGUGGAUAGAGAUUGAGGAAUCGUAAUGAAGGGAGGGAACGGAGGAAAAUUUGUUGAAAACGUGAUAGUAGAAGAACUCCGUAGAGUGACGUACGAAUCAAGAAAGAGAGAGUGUGAGAGUGAGAGUGAGUGAGAAAGAAAGCGAACGAGCGAGAGGAAAAAUGAAAAAAAAAAUUGUUUAAUGCGCGAGUGUACGAUACAUGUUCUGUAGCUAGAGAUAUACUUUUUGCCAGUCGUCGUUGUCGAGUGCGUCGCCGAUCUCGUCGUCGUUGCCGUCGUCGUCGUCGCACGUACACGUAUCGAGACACUUCCGAUGCCGGACGGUGAUGAAGCACGGAGAGAAAGGGUGAAGGACAUUAUAAAGUGCCUGAUUAGUGACACCCUUGAUCCCGCACCCUUUCGCGUUCCCCCUUCACCUCCCCCCUCUCCGACGUUCUCUCUCUCUCUCUCUUUCUCUCUUUCUCUCUCUCUCUCUCUGUCCCCCCGAAGUAACGGCAAUGAGGAAACUUCGUCGAUUGUCUCGUCGAGGAACUAACGUCGCGUACAAAACAGAUAACCCCGAACACCGAACAACAACAA